GCCUGGGGAGGCCUUUGAGGACCCGCUGCCUCGCUCCCUCAGCUUCUGGGCGGGUCCCAGCGGCCGCAGUAUGUGAGGAGGAACAAGAACAAGGAGGGGAAGAGUCCCCACUGAGCACUGAACACUUCAUUACGGAUAUGGUGCAUGGCCCAGGGAACACCUUGCUAUCAACUUUCCACACCGUGAUUAUAAAAGAUGAGUCUGGGAGUAUCCUGGAAACAGAAGACAGCGCUGAUCCCUUAAAAGAAGAAGAGGGAGAUGGAAACUAUUGCAUGGUGCAAGUGGCAGGGUCACCCACCCUGCACCCACCAGCCCUAGACUGCCAGCCUGGGACCGUCCUGGAAACCAGGGAUGGCACUGAUCCUGUAGAGGAGGAAGAUGGAGGUGGAAACCACUGCUUGGUGCAUGUAUCUGGGUCACCCACACUGCACCCACCAGCCCUGGACUGCCAACUCAACUAUACCACAAUGUGUGGGCCACUGCCAGCUUUCUUUCGCAACAUGAACUCUGUGUCCCAAGUCCCAGCAACUGAGUUUACCCAGGAGAUCCCGGAUCAGACACAGGAACGAGUUGAGGGGUAUUACCCUGACAGCACAGAAAAAGAGGCCAAGAAACAAAAAAUCCGUGGCAGCAGUGGUAUGUGCUCCCCAAAGACAUCCAGUGUUGCCCCAGGGGAUUUUUACAGCCUGGCUCAGCUCCAGGAUAUGAAUCUGAAUCUUGGCCAUGCAACCCGCAGAUCAGCCAGGUGUGCAGCAGCCAGCACUGCAGGUCGGCAGUCCUACAGGGUUUCAUUGCAGGAAACUGGAGGUGGUCAGGGUGUGUCCAAGGAGAAAAAAAUGCCACCAGAGAACCCAGAAGAACCUCUGCUGCCUGUAAGGAAAAAAACACGCACCUUCUAUAGUGCAGAGCAGCUAGAGGAAUUGGAGAGGAUGUUCCAGGAAGACCAUUACCCUGACAAUGAAAAGAGGCGGGAGAUUGCUGCUACUGUUGGUGUAACGCCACAGCGCAUCAUGGUCUGGUUUCAGAAUCGCAGAGCAAAGUGGCGAAAAAUGGAGAAACUGGCAGUGAAAGGGAACAAGAAAUGCCCAGCAUCAUCAACUUUGUCAGUUCCUUCGGGAGCAAGCACUUGUGGGCCAUCUCUCCUGCCUAUGCCUCCUUUGCCUGACAUCAUUCAUGAGCAGUCUGCCAUGCUCAACAUGGAUGCCACCGUGGGAAACUAUCCUAACAUGCUCAGUGGGCAUCCUGCAUCAUUCGUCUCCUCAUCAGUCUCUUCGGUAACUGGAGCGGUGACGUGUUGUGAGGCAGGUCAGACAAAGGCACUAUCCCAGGGCAGCUUUGGUCCCAACAGAAUGGAGUGCUUCCCCGCAAUGCCCAGCCCUCCGCCCAUUCGCAGGACCAGCCUCCCUCUCAAUAUGACCUUCAACCCAAACAAUCACAUUGUUCCAUUGAUGCUGGACACUCCUAACAGUGAAUGCAGCCCCUCCAGUCAGGACAGCAUCUCCAGGGAAGUCCUCGCUUACAGCUUCCAGAGUCAAGGUGUCAACUCUCCAACCUCCUGCAAUUACCCUGAACAGCUGGAGCCCACUGCCAACCUAGAGACCCCAUACUAUCACUACAGUAACCAGCCUGGAACCUACCAGCUGCCCCAGUAUCCCCAGCAGCACCAGCUCUCCCAGUUCCACCACCUUCCAGUUCCCCUGGCCAGCAAUGUGCUGCCUAAUGUCCGCCUCACACCUACCACUCCCAAUGAAUCCAAUUCAGCUUUCUUCACCGUGGCUGGCAAUAGUGGGGUUGUGACCUGUGGUGCAGCAGGUGCCUCACGAGGGUAUUUACAGCACCACAUAGGGGGACAGAUCCUGUUACAGCAGCCUGCUGGGAGCUCAGGACAUGGGGAAUCAGGUGCUUAG